UAAAGUGGAAGAGAAGAAAAGAGAAAAACAACGGAGAGAAAGCACUGAAACGAUCCCUUCUCUCCGCUUUCUCUUCAAUUCUCCGAUCUGUGCAAUCUAUCAAUCUUACAAAGAUUAUACAACCAUGUCGUCUUUAAGCAGAGAACUUGUUUUCCUCAUACUUCAAUUCCUUGACGAAGAGAAAUUCAAAGAGACCGUUAACAAAUUGGAGCAAGAAUCGGGGUUUUUCUUCAACAUGAGGCAUUUUGAGGAUAUGGUGACAAAUGGGGAAUGGGAUGAGGUGGAGAAGUAUUUGUCAGGCUUCACAAAGGUUGAUGAUAACAGAUAUUCCAUGAAGAUAUUCUUUGAGAUUCGAAAACAGAAGUACCUUGAAGCUCUAGACAAGCGGGAUCGUGCCAAGGGGGUGGAUAUUUUAGUCAAGGACCUAAAGGUGUUUGCAGCAUUUAAUGAAGAUCUAUUUAAAGAAAUAACACAUUUGCUGACAUUGGAUAACUUCAGAGAAAAUGAGCAGCUAUCAAAGUAUGGAGAUACCAAGUCUGCUAGGAGUAUAAUGCUUGCUGAACUAAAAAAAUUAAUAGAGGCCAACCCUCUUUUCCGUGAUAAGCUUCAGUUUCCCACCUUGAAGAAUUCAAGGCUACGGACGCUAAUAAAUCAGAGUUUAAAUUGGCAGCAUCAGCUUUGUAAGAAUCCAAGGCCUAAUCCUGACAUAAAAACUUUAUUUGUUGACCAUAGUUGUGGACAGCCAAAUGGUGCACGGGCUCCUUCCCCUGUUACUAAUCCCUUGAUGGGUGCUGUUCCUAAGGCAGGUGGAUUCCCACCUUUGAGUGCUCAUGGGCCCUUUCAGCCUGCACCUGCUGCCCUUCCAACUUCUUUGGCUGGCUGGAUGGCCAAUCCAACUCCUGUGCCUCACCCCUCAGCUUCUGCAGGACCUAUUGGGUUGACUGCAGCAAAUAAUGCUGCUGCUGUCUUAAAGGGACCUCGAACUCCACCCACCACUAACCCAACUAUGGACUAUCAAACAGCAGAUUCUGAACAUGUUUUGAGGAGAUCAAGGCCCUUUGGGUUAUCUGAUGAGGUCAAUAAUCUGCCAGUGAAUAUUUUACCAAUUGCAUACCCCAGCCAGACUCAUGGUCAAAGUUCUCAUCCUUCUGAUGACUUGCCGAAGAAUGUUGUUAUGAAUCUAAGCCUGGGCUCAGCUGUCAAGAGCAUGGAUUUCCAUCAGAUACAACAAAUUCUACUUCUUGUUGGAACAAACAUUGGAGAUGUCAUGGUAUGGGAUUUAGGCAGCCAUGAAAGGGUAGCACAUAAGAGUUUUAAGGUCUGGGACCUUUCAUCAUGUUCAAUGCCUCUGCAGGCAUCUCUGGCCAAUGAUUAUACAGUAUCAGUCAACCGUGUGAUGUGGAGUCCUGAUGGAACUCUUUUUGGGGUUGCAUAUUCUAAACAUAUCGUGCAGUUGUAUGCCUACCAUAGUGGCAGUGAUCUGCGAAAUCACUUAGAGAUUGAUGCUCAUGUAGGUAGUGUUAAUGAUCUAGCAUUCUCUUAUCCAAACAAACAAUUGAGUAUCAUCACUUGUGGCGAGGACAGGGUGAUUAAGGUCUGGGAUGCUGCUACUGGAGUUAAACAGUUUACUUUCGAGGGUCAUGAAGCCCCUGUGUAUUCUAUCUGCCCUCAUCACAAGGAAAAUAUUCAGUUCAUUUUCUCAACAGCAACAGAUGGGAAAAUAAAGGCUUGGUUGUAUGAUAAUCUGGGCUCAAGAGUUGACUACAAUGCACCAGGCCAUUCAUCUACAACAAUGGCAUACAGUGCCAAUGGAGCAAGGUUGUUCUCAUGUGGGACAAAUAAAGAAGGGGAAUCACACCUGGUGGAAUGGAAUGAGAGUGAAGGAACUGUCAAGAGGACCUAUCUUGGUCUUGGGAAGCGAUCUGUUGGCACUGUGCAAUUUGAUACCACUAAGAAUCGGUUGCUGGCUGCUGGUGAUGAAUUUGCUAUUAAAGUUUGGGACAUGGACAACGUUAAUCUAUUAACAAGUAUUGAUGCAGAUGGUGGAUUACCGGCUUCUCCCUGCAUUAGAUUUAACAAGGAAGGAAUCUUGUUAGCUAUCUCAACAGAUGACAAUGGAGUAAAAAUUCUAGCAAAUGCAGAAGGAAUUAGGUUACUUCGGACAGUGGAAAAUCGUACAUUUGAUCCAUCUAGAGUUCCUCCAGCAUCUCUACUUAAGGCUCCAGCUAUUGCCAUGUUUGGAUCAGCCAAUGCAACUGUUGGAACAAGUAUUGGGGAUCGGGCUGCUCCAGUGGCUGCAAUGGUUGAAAUGUCUCUGCAGAGCACUGAUAAUCGAAGUGUGGCUGAUGUAAAGCCUAGAAUCACUGAUGAGUCAAUGGAAAAAUCUAGGAUCUGGAAACUUACAGAGAUCAAUGAACAAUCACAGUGCCGCUCCCUCAGGCUUCCUGAUAAUUUAAGACCUAUGAGGGUUUCUAGGCUAAUAUAUACAAAUUCUGGACUUGCCCUUUUAGCAUUAGCAUCUAAUGCAGUACACAAGCUCUGGAAAUGGACAAGAAAUGAUCGAACUGGAAAGUCGACAGCUAGUAUAGUACCACAAUUAUGGCAACCUGCCCGUGGAAUAUUAAUGACCAAUGAUACAAAUGAUGCAAACCCAGAAGAUGCUGUUUCAUGCUUUGCACUCUCAAAGAAUGACUCCUAUGUGAUGUCAGCUUCUGGUGGUAAAAUCUCCCUAUUCAAUAUGAUGACAUUCAAGACGAUGACAACAUUCAUGCCACCACCUCCAGCAGCUACCUUUCUUGCAUUUCAUCCUCAAGACAAUAAUAUCAUUGCUAUUGGCAUGGAGGACUCAUCUAUCCAAAUCUACAAUGUUCGGGUUGAUGAGGUAAAAACUAAGCUAAAAGGCCAUCAGAAAAGAAUAACAGGUCUUGCCUUCUCACACACUCUUAAUGUGCUUGUAUCCUCAGGAGCCGAUGCCCAGCUGUGUGUCUGGAGUACAGAUGGAUGGGAGAAGCAAACUAGUAAGUUCUUGCAAAUCCCAACUGGGCGAGUUGCAUCUCCCGUUGCAAAUACCCGUGUUCAGUUUCACAUGGAUCAGGUACUUUUGCUGGCAGCUCAUGAAACGCAGAUUGCUAUAUAUGAAGCACCAAAACUAGAGUGCCUAAAGCAGUGGGUUCCUCAAGAAGCAAGUGGUCCAAUAACAUGUGCUACAUACUCCUGUGAUAGCAAAUCAAUAUAUGUGAGCUUUGAAGAUGGAAGUAUAGGCGUUCUUACUACAACCCUAAGACUGAGAUGUCGAAUAAAUCCUGCUGCUUAUCUAUCUCCCAACCCAAGCUUGAGAGUUUAUCCUCUUGUCAUUGCGGCACACCCAUCUGACCCUGAUCAAUUCGCAUUGGGACUUAGUGAUGGUGGAGUCUGCGUACUUGAGCCAUUAGAGCUAGAAGGAAAAUGGGGCACUUCUCCUCCCGUUGAAAAUGGUGCAGGGCCAAGUUCCACUUCAGGUGCAACUGGUUCAGAACAACCCCAAAGGUGACAAAUCCGCAUGCUGGUCUCAUGGUAACUGCCUUGAGUACACAUCUCUUGAAUGUUGUCCUGCUUCUCGGUCCCAUUUUAAUGUGAUUUUUGAGGUCAAGCUCUGAAAUUUAGUUUAAAAUCUAAAUAUAGUUUAAAGCGGGAUGACAAUUGUUUGUAGCCGAAGGCAUGAUAUUAUUUGGUUACCUUUACCUACCAAUUUGUUGUGGUUGGACAUCUGACUAUGUGGACUUGAAAAGUUAAUGAUGAUCAGACAUAUUGGUUUAACUGGAAAUGCUGUUAUUCAAUUCCAUU